UCUGAACUCUGGCAAGAUGUGUGCGUCGGUGGCGAUGGCUCAGUUACUAUACACUGUCGUUGUGUGGCAAGAGGGAGCCGGCAGGCAAGCGUUCCUCGAUCUGUUGACCCCAGCGAAGUCUGUGUUCACGGUAUGUCGAGACAACCACCAAUAUGGGCGUGCAUAA